GAUAAUGCAACGAAAACAAUUGUCUUUUUAAUCAGGGUGAUAAUGAAAGAGUGGAUUAAGGUGUUUUCAGCUGUCUUCAUCGGAGCUGUUGUUGCAAAUUUCAUCACUGUGUCAGCCAAUGAUAACUCUUCUACAGAGGAAGACGAAUGGAAGAUCGAAUGGUACCUAAAUCUAACAAUAACUUGGAUUGCCAAACCACCGUAUGUCGCUCGACCCACCAAUGGAUCUAUAGACAGCGGGGCUCAGGGACUGAUCCGAGAUACGCUUUUACGAUACAUGACGUUUGACUGCGGUAUUCUUCAUGGCAUCGAAUACCAAGUAGAAGACCGCCAAGUUAACAGUGAAUAUGAAAUGAUCGCACUUCUGAGGCAAAACAAAGUCCACAUUGCAGCUCCUAUAUUUGAGCCAAAAGGGGACAGACACUACAGCGAGUUCCCAUUUUUCAAAGUUGUUGAUUAUCCAGGAACAGACUACAUUACCACUGAAGAAGGGAACAACAAGAUCAGCUAUGUUUUGGAUGCCGUUCUGAAGUCUUGGCCACUGCUAGCUGUUACUCUGGUCCUGACUGCCAUUUCAGGAGUUGUUAUGUGGGCUUUAGUAAGUUUGAGUUUGUGUAACGUAACAUUCUCUAGCGGCCAAAGGGUAUUUCCUAACUAUAUGCACUACUUUUUUACUGUUUAAUAAAUUGAAACCUUUGCAAAAUAAUUUAUGUGAUCUUUCAACGUCAACGACCCAUUUUAUCUGCGAAAGGUGGGAAACAAUUAUCAUGAUUGAAGGACAAAAAUAAGUCAACCACACACUGUCUGACUUAACUAGAGGGUACUCGUCGGGGAGCUAGGCCACCUGCGCAGUUCAUAAUUAUAAAUAUUAAUAACUAUACCCGGUUCAUAACUAUAAAAUGUGACAAGCGUUCUUCGUGUAGUUAAGAACUAAAAUGCUACACUAAGAAAAACAUUGUCGAAAGUGUGGAGUAUGGAGUAAGCAUUUGAGUUUGGAUUAUUUGAUCUUAGGAGCACUAUUUUGUGUCCUUUAGAGACGGUUAGGAAGUGUCACGGCAAAAAAGAUAUAUUUUGAAAUCAUUCACUUCCUACCUCUUUAUCAACAACAGCGACCGGCACAUCUUGUAGCGGGUAAGCAACCGUUUGGGGAUACACAUUGAGAAAUUUGAUCGUAUUUAUUUAUUCAUUAAUAAUAUAAAACCUUCUUCUUGUUUACUAAGAAUUGUUUCUUCACUUUUUUCAGGACACUUACUGGAAUAGUGAAGAGUUUCCACGUUCAUUCAUCAAAGGCUCAUGGGAUGGAUUUUGGUGGUCUUUUAUUUCGAUGACCACAGUAGGGUAAACCUCUUUAGUUACAUAACUAGCUUUGCAAAAAAUGUUGUCAAACACCUAAUGAAUUUUGGAGAUUUUAAUUUAAUUUAUGGACACUACAAAUUGUAAUUGGACCUCAAAACAGUGGACCAGAAAAGCCUCCCUCGUUGAUGUCCAAUGUUUAUUUCGAGCCAAUUCAGCAUAGUCCAGCCAUCUAAUUUUGGAUGUUCUAUCAUGAUCAGUGUGCAAGCAGUUUAAGGUGAUAAUGAUCUCUUUCGUCUCAGGUAUGGUGACAAAUCUCCCAAAUCUCUUCCUGCACGGAUAUUCUCUAUUGUUUGGAUUCUCGUGGGCCUGAUUGUUAUGGCAAUCUUUACAGCGAACGUCACUUCAGCCCUGACGGCUCUUUCCCUGGAAACCGAACCAAGUAGCUUUGCUAAUAUGAAAGUGAGGCUAAUAGAUUGCUAAACGAUGAAAAAAAAUGUGGCUUGUUAUGGAUGAAUUAGCGAUGCAAGAGGCUAACGCCGUGCAACGUACACCAUGCAUUCCCGAACAGAUUGCAGAUCACCAAGAAAAUGUCAUCAUUACAUGUGAAGACACGCGUAACGAUGUUGUGACUUUCCUAUUUCUGUUCUUUUUCUUGGUUAAAUUUCAUUCCUGUUCUUGCCGUUAUUCCUCUUAUUCUUCUCUUGCGUCCUCUUUUUCUUUUUCGUUGUCGUCAUGUCCUUUUUAAAAACGAUCUAAAAAGUUAUUAUUAUAAUUAUACAACUGUGUUGUAGAAAACUAUAAUAUGUCUGAUAAAAAAAAUUUUUCAUCAGGUUGCAGUUAUAGGAAAUGGGACAGAGUACCAACAUGCACUACAGGAGGAGGCUGAACCAAUAGGUAUAUAUGUACAAUUCCAUAACCACUGGAUGCAAUUAGUUGUUCUAAAACCAGAGUGUAAGCUUUACCAAUUGAAUAAGCAACUCGUUACAAGCAUGGCCCAUCAGCCCUGGACACGAAAAGGUUAAAAUGUCUCGGAUACGUCGACGGAGUAUGCACCCUCAUAUUCAAUCAAUCCAUUUGCUACAAUUAAUUGCUUUAAUUUAAGAAUUAUAGUCAACUGGUUUUCCUUGUGAGCCGUUAGCCUCAAGAACGACGUCUCAACAACCUAUUCAAAAGUCAACAGCUACAGUCUUGUACGUCAGUUGGGUGUAAUAAACCGACUGGUACGUCAGGUCGUUCUGCUCGGUUCGUUUUUAAAUGAACUAAUUAAAUUCUUGGGUAUGUUGAAAGUGGUUGUUGACAUUUUUGAGGAGUCUUUUCUUAAUUAGCACACCAGCUUUUCAGAGUCAUUCGUUGAAAGUAGUUGGUGCUGUAAGUUAAAAGUUGCGGGAAAUCUCAAUUAUUGAUGUAGUUCGCUACACUAGGUGAUUGUUGAUGACACUAUUUAAUUUCUCAUCACUCUUUCUUUUAAAUUCAUGCCAGUCUCUUCAUUGUACGAGGGUCGGCAUUCUGUCUGCCGUGUUAAUACUUUGUUGUUUUUUUUUCAUACUGUAUCUAGUGCACAACAGUAUCGAAGACGCUGUUAAAGAUGUGCAGUCUCAGAAAGUCGAUGGAUUAUUCAUAGAUAACUACGCAAACACCUUUUACCACUCAAGAGAAAAACUGAAAACGCUUCUCACCGUCAAGAAAUUGGAACUUCAAAGAGAUGUCGGGGUUCUCUUUUCAAAGGACAGAAAAUACCUGGCAGAUUGCUUAAAUUAUCAGCGUUCCACCAUUUUGAGGUCGGCUCAAACCAUCACUGCAACAUAUAAGGUACAGCUUUAAGUUGGGAGAAUUAUUUGAACAGCAAGCUCAGAUCUCUGCUUCAUCAGCUAUUGUGCGUGAAACAUGAAAAACAUUUAACAGGGUCAGCAACUUCUGUUACCCGGGUCACUUAGACAAAAGUAACCAAUUCGAAUGCAGGAGAGGAGAAAUUAAUUCCUUAUGACUUCUUUCUUGUCAUCGCUUGCCUUAGUCCCAUGAAAUGAUUGGCACGAUUUGAGUCAUGAUUAAUUGAUCUAUUUAUAAGAUAAUCAUGAAUGUUUUCUUUUUUGACAGUCCACCAAAAGUAAUCCAGCCAAACAAUUCAGUUUGUUUGACGAUUCUUCCAGCUUUGUUAAAAUACUCCUGUACAUUUUGCUUGGAGUAUUGGCGGGAAUGCUUUGUAUUGGAGUAAUAUGGGACUUACUCAUCAGGAAGAAGUCUGGCAAGCAGCAAAAUUCCAUGAUAGAGUGGCGUAAGCUUGUUUUCUUUUGACGGUGUCCAUUUGUUCAUCGUGUUGUGAAUAGUAUCGUCUGCCUGUAAUUCAUUCAUCUAUCCAUUUAUCCAUCGGUCUUUUUAUUUUACUUAAGUUUACGAAUCUAUCCAUUCAACCCCACAUCAGUCAUUACGGAUUAAGUGAUUCAGUCAUUUAUACAAUUAUUCACUUUUUCAAUCAGCCAUCCCUUCAUCAAUCUACUCAUUCAUCCUUAUAUCCAUCCAUCCAUCCAUCCAUCCAUCCAUCCAUUUAUUCGAUUCAUUCACGUCAUCCACAAAUUUAUCUAAUUAUUUUUUCGCAUUUUUGCAUGUUUUUUUUCUAUUCAACAUUGUAUUCAGUUCGAUUCCAACGGCGGGCCUUCUCCAUUGAUGUGGUUAUGUGGCAUUAUGAAAUAGUAAAACUUCUUUCAUUUAACAGAAGCUGAAAACAAAGGAAUGGCGUUAACCGAGAGAGAAAGUAUUCUCAACGACUUUGAAGUAGCCAAAAGACUUCUUAAACAAAUGCAAGAUCACUUUACAACACUGGAAUCAAAGGUUUCAAAAAUUCGGGAUAACCAGUAAACGGUGCGUUCAGUGGGAUUUGCAAGUUAUGAACCAUGCAACACGCGUACAGGUUCAAAAUAUAUCUCGAUUGCAUACCUAUGUAUGUACUGAUUUCACUCCAAAGGCAGAUAAUAUUCAACAUCUCUGUUAGAGGUUAAGGUUAGGACAGCAUUAUCUACCUAUCUAUCGCAACUUGAUGGAAGUUGCUGAAAAGAAGUGUGCUUGUAUGUUAAAGCAAUCGUACUGGAAAAUAGCUACCGUGUAUGAUUUCGUCACUUGCUGACUAAAUUUUUCUUGACUCUUCUCCAGCUUCUAGCUCAACUUUUUUUGAAUGAUUCCUUAUUAUAUGUGCCAAUUCACAUCUUGACAUUUUGCCCUGGGGUGAAGUUAUCUAUUCUUACUUAAGCUUACAGAUACGAACUUAACGAAUGCUAAUUAUCGAUCUCUUUGAAGUUUUCAAAUUGUUGUAUUGGUCCAAAAUUUAGCCUUUUCCUUCGUUACGUUUUUCAGCCCCUUUUUGCAGAUUAAAAAACUUAAAAUAGCCUAUUAUUUCAUCGUUGUCUCUCAUUAUCAGUUCAAUAGAUAACAACGAAGUCUUUGUUAGGUUCUUACUCAGUUAACAUGCAUUGAAUUUUGUCGUUUGAUUGGUUCAAUAGUUCAGGUAGUCCAGCUGCGUGUAUCCGGCGGCAGCAGCGAGACUACCAUAAGGCCUUGCGAACAGAGUAUGGUUAAUUAUUUUAACCGGAGGCCAAUUCGACCGCAGAGGUGACUUAGCGAAAUUAAUAACACACUAGGGUACUAUCCUUUGAUGGCGAGGGUGGCCUGCACGCAAACAACUGCGUUUAUCUAUUACUCCUUGCUUAACAGGAUGGAAAAUACGUAAAAUACGAACGUAUUUAUGUACACAUAAAUACACACAAAUGUAUGCUCAAACUCAUAAAACCGAAUAUGAAUUAAAUGCUAAUAAUUUUUAGAACUAAUACAAAAUUUCCUAUCUCUUGUUUUUGUCCUGUUUUGAUUUUUUCAGUUUCUUUGUUUUGCUUUUUUUCUGUGUUGCUUUAUUUCUUUCUCGCAAUAUAAUUCCACUCUUUCUCAAAGAAUGAUAAGCCUUGCCGAGUGACAACAAUUUGUUUACCAUGGCAGUGACUACGAGCGAAAUUAAUUUGGAAAGUUCAUCAUUAACACCAGCAUGUGCCUAGAUGGACUUUCCAUUAUUAUUAUUUUCGUAAUUCGUGACCUGCAGGCCUGCCAAUUGGUCUUCCAUAGUUGGAUAAUUAGUGUGCUGAAAAUGCCUUGUUUUCGAAGUAAAACAGCACAUGUAAAGAGACCCCGUGUUGCUUACUCCAUGCAAUGAAUAGCAGCAUGUAGCUCGAGAGCCUGUGUCUUGGAAUAGAAGAACAGUAAAACAGGUCAUUUUUAAAAUCUGCACAUCUGCAAAAUGUAUUUAAAUUUAACUGCAUAGGUUCCAUUAAUUAAAUAUUCUGGUGUAUCAUUGGACACGAUCCAUAAGGAUUCUAGUCAUUUUCGAAAAGGUAUGGAUUUACUGUACAGCAACCUCACUCAAACCUUAACUUUUUGCAAAAUUUUCUGAUUCGCCUGUUUCACAGAAGUAGAUAGAAUGAAUAUUUUAUAUGUAGUUUUACAUGUUCUGUGAUAGCUGUUAAAACGAAGGAAGCGAAGAUGAUUGUCACGAAAUUCAUUGAGACAGUUGAACAAUUCAAUAGCUAACAGGUUUGAAAAACGUUUAAAGUUUAGAGUAAAAAAAGUCAUGCACCGAGCACGUUCACAAAAAUGAUUUCAAUUUGCUUAUAUUUUUCUUUUCUUAUUUCUUGUGUUAAAGCUGCCCUAACUAAUUUGUCCAAAAUGCAAAUUAGUUGAAAAACUGCCUUUGUCUCAAUGAGCCUUUUCAAUAUGAAACUUUCAAUAUUUAAUAUCGACGAAACAAGAGCUGUGGUAACUUUCAUAUUCCAAAGAUUUCGUCAGCCAAGGUAAUUUACUCUAACAUUCAAACAGAAAAUUGUCUUUCAAACGAUUUCAGAAAGACACGUUGAGCAUGUCAAUCAAGCUUUUAAACGAUGACACCAGCUUUUUUUGAUAACUCGCAUUCAAAACUACGACGAAACUUAUAAAAUGAAUUUUAUAAAAUUUGCGACACAAAAAUAGGAAAUGAUUGCCUUAUCUUAAAAAGUGUUCGAUUUAAUACUUUGUCAAAAAGGAGGUGAAAAAUUUUUAAGGUAUUACAAUCGGUGUAUUCAGAUAAAGCCGUUUGUCUCGCUGUGUACAAGUUUAACAACGCCUCACUCACAAAUACGAACUAAAUAAAUCGAAAAAAACCUCUCUAGAUCCAAUAUCAUGGUAUCAAUCUAAAUAAACUUUUCUUUCCAUUAGACAAAUUAAGCAGUAUCUCUUUUCUUGUUAACACUGAUCGAAUGGCUUGAAUUAUCAAUUCCAAGUGAAAUUAUACAAGCAUCUGUUCAAAGAGUAAUUAUGUAAGUAUCUUUAUUAAGAGGAAUUAUGCAAUUAUCUUUUCCUGGAGAAAUUGUGCAAGUAUCUUUAUAAAGAGGAAUUAUGGAAGCAUCUUUUCAUAGAGAAGUUAUGACGCAUUUUAAGUAAUUUUGCAAUUAUAUAUUUGAAGAGAAAUUAUACAUUAUCUACAUAAAGAGAAAUUAUGCAAGUAUCUUUUGAUAAGGAAUAAUGCAAGUAAAUUUUGCGAAAUAAGGUUGCCGCCAAAUCCUCUUCUUCUUUCCUUUUUAUCAAGAAUAAAUCUAUGUUACGAUUAGCAGAUUGACUGACUUACUGACUGACAAACCAAUUGACUGAAAGACUGACUGACAGAUUGCGUGACCGACUGAUUGACUGACCAACCACCAAAUCGAUUGACUGACUGACUGUCUAUCUGCCUUAAAAACUGACCCACUGACCAACUGAAUGACUGACCUACCGAUCAACUGACGGACUAACCCCCGACUGACAGAGUGUCUGCCCUCGAACUGACCAACUGAAUGACCGAUGGAUCGACCGGCUGACUGACCAACCAAAGGAUCUACUGACCAACAGACUUACCUUUGACCGACCAACCGACAGACUGACUGAGCAACUGACCAACUGACAGACCGAUUGACGAGUUGACCAACCGACUGAGUAACUGACUGACAGACUGACUGACUUGCUCGUUUGGCGUUGUUGAUUAAUUGACUGAUGGAUUUAUUAACUCAUUUCACUGGCAGAGAACAUUAAUGGCGACUUGCUUUAAGUUAUUGUUGGCUCUUUUCAUUGGUCUCGUUGCUUUCAAAUUCCGAGUGACUUCAGCCAGAUCAAGCUCAUCCAAACCCGAUGAUAAUGAUGGUAAUGAAAAGGAAAACCUAACCAUUGCCUGGAUUUACAAGCCUCCCUACAUAAAAGGACCCGAUAACAGUUCCUUGGACAAUAAAGCUCAUGGAAUAGUACGAGAUGCCAUGUUAAGAUACAUACAAGAGGAUUGUAGCGGAGUAUUUCACAAGCACUAUGAAAUAUUGACCCUCGAAGCUGAUAGUGAAUCUGGCAUGAUACAGUUGCUGAAGCAAAACAAAGUUCAUAUAGCAGUUCCUAUAUUCGAACAACAAAACAGUGAAAAGUACUCUGAAUUUAUCUUUUUCAAAUUAGUGGAUUAUCCUGGAACGGAAUACGUAACUUUGGCUGACGAUGAAAACGACGCUCUUGAUGUCGUUUUUGAUUCUGUAUUGAAGUCUUGGCCAUUGCUUGCCGUCACCAUGAUCUUCACGGCCAUUGCUGGAAUCAUCAUGUGGGCACUGGUAAGAUUAAGGUCACAACUACAGCUGUCCUCCGAGAUAAAUUUGAAUGCAUGGUCGCAACAUCAAAAUGCUCACACAUAUCCAUUUAUCCUAACAAGUCAGUCUCUGUUAAGAAACUUCAGGGGUUUUUUAGACUAACAAAAAUGAAAGCAGAUGCUGCCGACAAAGCGCUCUUAGUUUAUCCCAAAUCGUAUUUUAAGCAGCCGUGAUCUCUUCUAAUGUUCCUCUUUAAGGUAGUCAACAGAACGGAAUAUAAUCUUGCCUACUCUUCCAUUAACAAUCAGAUGGUAUAAAAUGAUCAUUUGCAGUGCUCAAUGUUUGAAAAAAGGUAGAAAUGACAUUCUUAUAACUACAUAGAGAUGAAAGUGGAAAAAGAGGAAAAACUUCAUACGUAACUUUUUUUGUUUUACCAGGAUACAUACUGGAAUGGCGAAGAAUUUCCACGUUCAUUCAUCAGAGGCUCAUGGGAUGGAUUUUGGUGGUCCUUUAUUUCUAUGACCACUGUAGGGUAAGCUGUUAAGCGGUCAGAAUGUGGUAGUUUCGUUCUCUGUCAUAGUACAAUUGCAGACUGCUCCGUGUGUCUUAUGCUCUUUCGUGGUUAAGCCCCAUAGGUUUGUUUUCUAGCCAGGACAUCGUCCUACGAGUGCAAAUAAAAUCAUCGCUGAUUUUGUAUCUUUUUAUUUGGCAAGGUAUGGAGACAAGGCACCCAAGUCGGCCAUGGCUCGUAUUUUCUCUGUCGUCUGGAUCUUAUUUGGCCUCAUAGCUAUGGCAAUUUUCAUGGCAAAUGUCACCACUGCAUUGACAGCUCUCUCCCUACAACUUGAACCAACCAGCCUUCGUGGUGUUCAAGUUAGUUUGAAAAAAUAUCAAUCAAUAGAAGUUAACUCUUUCGUUUGUUUAGUUACCAACAAUAAUACGGGUCAAAAUAUUCCUUAUGACUAACAUAGAAUGUUCCAGUAAUUGGAAAUAUGAUUCUUCAAUUAUCUUUUUACCGGAGGUAGCGUUAAUUUAUUUAAAGCCGUAUAAUUGUUAUUCUAUUGAAUGACACUAAUUCAUUCUGCGAAAAUUCUAUCUGUAAAUGGAAUCUUUUAUCGUGCGAAUAAAAGAUUAAUUAUUAUCUUUACAUACUCCCAAUCUUUUUAUUAAGUGGUAUCUUUGGCAGACAGCAGUUUUGUCUUUUCCGUAAACCCGGAAGGCACGGUACGAAAAUUUCCCCUGAGGGCUUCAUAUCACUUGGCAUGGGCGAGAAAAAGACUCUUCCUGUUUUACCAAAGUUUUAGGAGUUUGCGCAAGUUGUCCUUCAGUAACUUCUCAUAAUUGAACAUUAUUAUGUUUUAACAUUGAACUAAGGAUAAUUAUGUUCUGAACAUAAUUCUGUUUUAACAUUUUUUCAGGUUGGAGUGAUAGGAAAUGGAACAGAAUAUCAACAUGCACUGAAAGAAGACGCACAUCCAGAAAGUAAUGAAUGCAUGUACAACCUGAGAGAGCAUUGUGAACUAAGGAAAGGGGAAGAUAUAACACAAUAGUAAAUCAUUUGGUGUGUGUGUGUGUGUGUGUGUGUGUGUGUGUGUGUGUGUGUGUAUGUGUGUGUGAUAUAUUUUCUCGUUAUCGGUUUUGUUUGUUUUAUUUUCUCAGUCUACAACAACAUCGACGAUGCUGUCGAUGCACUCAAAUCAAAAGAGGUCAAGGGAAUGUUACUAGAUCGCUAUACAGCCUCCUAUUACCAGAAAAGAGACAAACUUAAAACUCUUCUCGCUGUGAAGAAGUUAGACUUGCAGAGGGACGUAGGAGUUCUAUUCAAUGAGAACAAACGAGAACUUGCUGAAUGCCUACAAAAUUACCAUCGCUCCGCCAUUUGGAGAUCAAUGCAAACCUUGACUUCGUUUUACGAGGUACCUAGUCUAACGUAA